AUUUCAUUGAGUUCUGCUUGAAUCUUUAUUAACUCUCUUCUUCCGCUGGAUGUAGGUUUUAUUUGCUGUUUUUUCUCCAGCUCCGUUAGGUGCAAGGGAAACCUGCCUGUGAAUGGUUUUUUGAAACAUCAGAAAACACUGGCUGUAAGGGCAGAGGCUUUGAAACAAAAUUAAAAUGUGUAGUGUCAUUCUACCUGGAACUUGGCCACAUGGAAUAAGAAAUACUUUCUUCUUUUAUUUCUUCAGGCUUGCAAACAUGACUACAGUGAUCUACCUUGACAACUAGAUUCUGCCAAGAUUACCACAAUUCCUGGAUUUCCAGAGUAAGCUGAUGGGUGUGGCUUAAGGACCCCAGAUGCUGUGAGAGGAACGGGUUGUUGCUCAAGCAAAGUAUCUGUGUAAGAUAUCAGCUUUAUGUACUCAAGCAGAAAACAGUCUAUAAGAAGUCACCAGUCUCCUGGCCUGAAGAGAAAACAGAACCAUGAGUACAGCAGGAAAAGUAAUCAAAUGCAAAGCAGCUGUACUACGGGAGUUAAAGAAACCUUUUUCCAUUGAAGAGGUGGAGGUCGCACCCCCUAAGGCACAUGAAGUUCGUAUUAAGAUGGUGGCCUCAGGAAUCUGUCGCUCUGAUGAUCACGUGGUUACUGGAGCACUUGCUGUGCCUCUCCCCAUAAUCUUAGGCCAUGAGGCUGCCGGCAUUGUGGAAAGCAUUGGAGAAGGGGUGACUACAGUAAAACCAGGUGACAAAGUCAUUCCACUCUUUACUCCCCAGUGUGGAAAAUGCAAUGUUUGUAAACACCCGCAAGGCAACCUCUGCGUGAAAAACGAUCUGAACAAACCUCGGGGGACCUUGCAAGAUGGUACUAUCAGGUUCACCUGCAGAGGGAAGCCCAUCUACCAUUUCCUCGGCAUCAGCACCUUCUCCCAGUAUACGGUGGUGGAUGAGUUUUCAGUGGCCAAGAUCGAUGCAGCCUCACCACUGGAGAAAGUCUGUCUCAUUGGCUGUGGAUUUUCUACUGGUUAUGGGUCUGCAGUCAACAUUGCCAAGGUCACCCAAGGCUCCACCUGUGCCGUGUUUGGCCUUGGAGGAGUCGGCCUGUCUGUUAUCAUGGGCUGUAAAGCAGCCGGAGCAGCCAGGAUUAUUGGGGUGGACAUCAACAAAGACAAGUUUGCAAAGGCCAAAGAGGUGGGUGCCACUGAGUGCAUUAGCCCUCAGGACUACAAGGAACCAAUCCAGGAGGUGCUGAAGGAAAUAAGUGGUGGCGGUGUGGAUUUUUCAUUUGAAGUCAUUGGGCGGCUUGACACUAUGGUGGCUGCCUUGUCCUGCUGUCAAGAGUCAUAUGGUGUAAGCGUCAUUGUAGGAGUACCUCCUAAUUCACAAAGUCUCUCUAUGAACCCCAUGUUGCUAUUGACUGGACGUAGCUGGAAAGGAGCAAUUUUUGGUGGCUUUAAGAGUAAAGAUUCUGUCCCCAAACUUGUGGCUGAUUUUAUGGCUAAGAAGUUUCCACUGGAGUCAUUAAUAACCCACGUUUUACCUUUUGAAAAAAUAAAUGAAGGAUUUGACCUGCUUCGCUCUGGAAAGAGCAUUCGUACCGUCCUAACCUUCUGAGACCUUACAAAUGCCUUCACUAGCAGUAGUCUUUUGGCUCCAGCACCUCCUGGAAAAGUGAACCAAACAUCAUUAAUUCUGUUCUUCAGAAAUGCAAUCAAUUAAUCAUACAUGGGAGCUUUCCAAAAGAAACAAAAACUGAUGUGAAAUCCUUUUUUUAAGCCAAUGUUGAAAACUCAAGUGAGAGCUAAAUGCACCAUCUGCAGAGUUGAGUCCAGAAAACUUUCUUAAUCAUUCUGCUCAUGUUGAUUUAUGGCAUCUUUCUCAUUGAGGGAAAAGUCUGUAUUUCCUUGACUUCUUGCACUUUUUGUACCCUUGCCACCCUUAGGCACUGAAACCCAGAGGAGGAGGUCCCCAUUAUACUUGCCCAGCAACAUACACAUGAUGAGCUACUGCACUUGAACUCUACUAUGUCUAUUUCCACUGUCUGUAUUUUUCUUUAUAUGAAAUGUACCAAAGCCCAAGGGGAAACUAUUGUCUGAGAAAGGAUACACUUAGAUUUACAAGUAGAGAAGGUCUAGAACUUCUAUAUACAGGGAAUUUCAUUUUUUUAAAAAAAUUGAAGUGUAGCUGACAUACAAUCUUAUAUUAGUUUCAGAUGUACGACAUAGUGAUUCAACAUUUAUGGAAUUAUGAAGUGAUAAUCACGAUAAACCUACUACCAUCUGCUACCAUUCACAGUUAUUACCAUAUUAUUAACUAUAUUUUUAAGUGCAAGAAAUUUUUUAGGGAAAUGUCACAUCUUUAUAUGACAGAGGGAAGUACACUUAUUGCUUUUUGUCAUACUGUUUGCAGUGAAUAUAUUCUUUUAAACAGAAGUAGUUUCAUGCUACAUGUGAUAAAUAUGAGAUUCAGAUAUUAAGUGUGAAAACUGAACUAUUCCUGGAACCAUAUUCAAAAAUCUGUAAUUUUUUGUGCUUUAUUGGCUAGUUAGUUAAUUAUUGUAAUUAAUUGAAAAUUAGUCAUAAAGUAAUUAAAAAAUAAUAUGGUGACUUGAAGUGUAGGGAUUGUACUAAAGUAACUGUGCACACAAUAUGUAAAUGGGUAACUAAGAAAUGGACAAACAUCCAAAACAAUAUAUUUUCUGAGGAAACAUAUAUGCAUAUACAGAUGUGCAUUUUUAAUCUAGAACUUCUCUAUUAACUACCAUGUCUUAAAUCUAUAAUCCUGAAAUCAAUUUAAUUUUUUGAAUAAAUAAGAGCCUAUGGUACUCAUUUGCUCAUGCUUUCCCACUCUCGAGAGAAGAUUUGCAUUUUAAGCUUCAUCUCUAAAUGUACAUAAAAGGCUUAUUUCUUUAAGGGAUUUUGUCUCCAAAAGUGUUAUUUGUUUCCGUGUCUACAAUUUGUUGAUAUUGUGGAAAGGACUUUGGACUUAGAGCAAAUGGCUAAUGAUCUAUCACUUAAUGGUGACCUUCAGGAAGAGUUACUCAACUUCUCAGAGCCCAUUUCAUCCUUUGUUUUAAAGAAUUACUCUAAACAAGGACCACAAAAACUUUUUGUUGUUGUUUUAAAAUGUAAAAGAUACAUUUAGUGCCUUGGGCACACUUUUGAUUGUAGAGGAUGUAUGGUAUCAGCACUGACAGAUCAUACAGAUACAAAGAAUUCUAGCUAUGACCUAUUAAAGGUUCAUGCCAGUUCUUCAGAACAGCCUUUUAAAAGAUACUGCAGGGGCCUCAGAGCAGCAUGCUUCAGAUGGAGGUUCUCCAUAGGUUGAAAUGCCAAAAACCUAAAACCUAUAUGUUGACUCACAUAAUUUGGUCCAUCAUAACUGAGCCUUUAAUAUUAAAACCAAUGAUUCAGUAUUACACAUGUACCUUGCCCAGCAGUGCCACACUCUCACCAGGUGAUUCUGGGUUACCUGCAGACCAAGGCAGAGAAGACAAUACCUGUCAACACCCCUAUCUGACAGAUGGUUCACAGUCUCAGACUAACCCUACAGUCACAAUGAUAGUGAAAGUAGAAAAGGAAGAUUGCCUUUUCACCAAUGUAGAAAUGGGGAGGGGAAAGUAGAUGGCAACCAAAAUGUGAAUCAGUGUGAUGCAAUGAUGUCUGUGUCAGCUGGGCUUUUGCUGAACAAACCAGCAACUCUUAACAAUCAGCACCAGUCGCCUGGACACCCCUGAGGUCUUAGUCCUGUCCAGUAGUCAGCCUGUCCAUUGUACUUCUGUGUGCCUGCCCCCUACUGUCUGUGCGUUGGGAAUGCAUCGGGAGAUGAUGUACAUCUGAUAUAUUCAUUCCCAUGAAAUAAAUUGCUAGCAAACUAACUUUUUAACUACUGAAAAAGAGAUUAAAAACUUUUACUUAAGUCAUGCUCAAAUUAUGGACUUUAUUUCUUACUUUUAGAAAUCAAUCUUUACCUUUAAAAUUUUAAAAGAAAAAAACAGAUACUGAUAAAGUUUCCAUGUACAUGUGUUCUCUUCUCUCCAUGCUGCCAGCAAGCCACAUCAAAAGCCAUAAAAAAAGUGCUCAAGUAUGUGUGUAAAUGAGAAAGUGAUUUAUUUACAGAUCAAAGUCUUUGUUUCAUAAAGCUACCAAACUUUUUUCAUUCUACACCUGAAACUAAUAUUACACUGUAUAAUAACUAACUGAAAUUUAAAUAAAAACUUGGGGGAAAAAUUCAGCCUUUUUUUCUUUGUUAUGGAGUUCAGAAAUUGUAAAAAGAAAAAAAUAAAGGUUUUGUUGCAUUUGUUGAUGCUGGCA